GAGGGUUUGGCUGACCUGCAAUUUCUUUCACAGCCAACAUGCCGGUGUCAAGAAUGCGCAUGAGGCCCUGGUUGGAAAUGCAGAUUAAUUCCAAUCAAAUACCAGGACUGAGAUGGAUUAACCAGGAGAAGAUGAUAUUUCAAAUCCCAUGGAAACAUGCAGCUAAGCAUGGCUGGGACAUGGAGAAGGAUGCAUGCCUUUUCCGGAGCUGGGCCAUUCAUACAGGAAGAUAUAAAGAAGGUGAGAAAGAUCCCGAUCCAAAAACCUGGAAGGCAAACUUCCGCUGUGCCAUGAAUUCCCUGCCUGACAUCGAAGAAGUGAAGGAUAAAAGCAUCAACAAAGGUUCCAGUGCUGUCAGGGUUUACAGGAUGCUCCCACCCUUGACAAAGCAUCAGAAGAAAGAAAGGAAGUCAAAGUCUUCAAGAGAAGUAAGAAACAGGAGCAAGAGAAAGUUAUAUGAAGAAACAAGGCUGGAGGAGUCAGCAGAAAGGUUAACCAACACUCCUCUGCCAGAUGACCACAGCAGCUACACCAUUCACAGCUAUGCAGGGCAGGAAGUGGAGGUGGAGAGCACAUCCAUCACCUUAGACCUGAACUCCUGCGAGGUGAGCGGCUCUCUGACCGACUGGAGGCCGCCCAUGGAAGUCACCAUGGCUGACAGCACCAACGACCUCUACCAGCUCCAGGUGUCUCCCCUGGCUUCAUCCUCUGAAGUUACAGACGAAGAUGAAGAGGAAAUAAAUCCGGAUAUUUUUAAGCUGCUUGGACCAGCCCAAGACUGGCACAACACCAGCAUUGGGGGGAAAGGCUUUCUCACCAAUGAGUCAGGCACCCAGAGCAUGUGCAAUCCCUACAGCUACAAGGAGCAGGACGGGGAGAUCGACACAACUUCAGGAGACCUGGAGUUCCGAUUCUUUGACCAGAAAGGCAACCUAGAAUUCUCCUGGCUGGAUACAGUGAGACCUACCAUGCAAGUCAUUCCCUGUGGCUUGUAG